AUGGAAUCGAUUUUUCGCGAAAUUGAUUGCGAUGACAGAAUUUCAAAAAAGUUUUGGUGCAAAAGCACCCAGAUUAACCACAGAAUAAUUUUUGAAAGUUUAGUAUGGGAACUUAUCGAUAACUCUCGGCUCGUCCCAAUAACGCUUGCCCUUACAGAAGAAAAUCUUUUAAAAUAUCAAAAGGGCAAAAACAUUAAACAAGCCAGCAUAAAAUGAAAAUUAAUUGAAGCCUUUGAGGAAGAAAACCUGACAGGGUUGAAUCAUGUCUUUCGGAUAGGGCAAGGAUCUCGUUAUAGAGAUUUUUAUGUUGAAUCUUCUGACCUCCUUGAUCAGUGGCUUAGAAAUCUUUCUUUGGUCGGGAUAAUGACUGAUGUUACAAAUGAUUUUCAUUUUAUUCUUUUUAUCAUAAAUUAUUUCAAAAAUAAAAGAAUUUUAAUAAAAAUCAUUAAUAAAUCAAAUAAACAAAAAAGUAUAUAAAAGAAAUCGGAAAAGGUGCCCACGGACAAGUUUUUUUAGCAGAAGAUAGAGAAACUAGAAUGAAAUACGCAAUCAAAAUAUGCCCAAAAUCACGAGAAAAUAGUCUUCACAAUAGUAUUACUAGUCUAGUAAAUGAAAUUAGUAUGAUGAGAAAUCUCAAUCAUCCCAACGUCGUCAAGCUCCACAAAGUGUAUGAAUCCGAAACUUGUGUAUAUCUUAUACUAGAAUACAUAAGUGGUGGCAAUUUAUUAGAAAGAAUUAAUAAAAUUCGUCGAUAUUCAGAAAAAAAAGCAGCUGAAAUUAUCGUCAAGCUUUUAAACGCUGUAGACUAUUUGCAUUCCUUAGGAAUUGUACACAGAGAUAUUAAGCUUGAAAAUAUUCUUAUGGUAUCAGAAGACAAUGAUAUAGACUUUAAAUUGGCGGAUUUUGGCUUGGCCUGUGAAAAUGAUUAUGAGUUGUCCAAAAAAUGUGGGACACCAGGAUAUACCGCCCCAGAGAUUUUCUGCCAAAAUUUUUAUGACAAUAAAGUUGAUAUUUUUAGCAUAGGAAUAGUACUUUAUGGACUAUUAACUGGAAAUCCUGCAUUUCCAGGGAGAAAUCUGGCUGAAAAAAUAAGAAAUAAUAGAGAAGGAAAAAUUUCAUUUAAAGGGAAGUAUUGGCAAAUUAUUUCGCAAGGAGCAAUCGAUAUGGUUACUAAACUGACGGCAAUUAAUCCGAGCCAGAGGCUGACAGUAAAGGAAGCUUUGGAUCAUCCAUGGCUUAAAUUUAAUUUAAAACAUUUUAGAAGGGUCAAAGAAAGAUCAAGGAGGGUGUAUUUUAUAAAAAAAUCGCAGACUGUUUCUGAUGCAAAUGUCUUACUCGAAAUAGAGAAGCCAGAUGUAAAAAAAAUCUAUUCAGACAAUGAUCUGAUUGCAAUAGUUGAACAGUUGUAA